UGUGUUUUGUUUACCUCUUAUAUCCUUAAGUAUUUGAGAUUCGUUGCUUUUCAAUUAUUUUUUUGAUUUUCAGUUAAUAUUUGAGUUUACAAUUGAUUUCAGUUAUUCACUGCACAAAAUAUCUCAUUGAAAAAUGACUGCUAUGCCGGUCAGUUCUUCAACACUACUUCCUUUGGUUGUUUUUAAAUCUGUUCUUGGUACUUUUAGAGCUAGUGGAUAAAUGCAUCGGAUCCAGAAUUCACAUUAUUAUGAAGAAUGAUAAAGAAAUCGUUGGAACAUUACUAGGAUUCGAUGAUUUCGUGAAUAUGCUUCUAGAAGAUGUUACAGAAUAUGAGACGACUCCAGAAGGACGUCGUAUAACAAAAUUAGAUCAAAUUCUAUUGAAUGGUAACAACAUUACAAUGUUGGUGCCAGGAGGUGAAAUGCCAGAAUGAAACAACAGCUACCAAGAUGUAUUUAUAACUGACUUAAUAUUACUUAACAAAUAAAAACAUUCUUAAACUUAAUUCAUUAUUUUAUUAUAAAUUGAAAGUUAGAGAGCUUCUUAAUCCAAAUUACAAUACUUCGUUACCCUUUGACUUGGCGGUUACUUUGAGGCAUAGUUUCCACCACUCUUUAGAUUGAGUGCAAAAUCUUCCAUAACGCAUGUAUUUCACCUGGUUGACUGUACCAUAAAUUGGAAGGAGCAUAUCUGGUUGCCUACAAGGGGCAAACAUGAAAAUGACGUUUAACUGAUUGAUAACAUAUGACUUUGACAACUCGGUGGAUGAGUAUCAUGUCAAAAUAAUGUAUUUGUACUCAUUUUUGUGAUAAUUUUCUGCAUCCACGAUAUUUCCUUAGAUUCUUCUGUUGUAUACUGAGAAGAAAAUAUGAAGACUUGUUUUAAAUGUGGAAGCAGUAGCAAGGAUGACAGAUCAAUCGUUUUGUUCAAUGUUCCUUCCAGCAUUAGUAACCCUGUAUGGCACUACGAGUUUUUGAAACGUUUAGCUGUAGAAAAUCUUCAACAGUUGAACAUUAAAGUUGAAGAUAUAAGGGUGUGUGAUAAGCAUUUUAAAACAGAAGACCUGGAAAUGAACCAUAACCAUUUGGUUCUGAAAGAGAAUGCUUUACCCUUAAAGGAAGAGUGUGAACAAUUUGAAGUUAGUCCAGAGAUAGUAUACAUGGAUGGUACAGAAGAAAUAGAAGAUGGUGAAUCUCGAGAACUAGCACAAUUGGCUCCUGUUGUGCAAUAUGAAUAUGUAGCAAAUCAAGAAGUGCAAGCUAGUCCAGUACCAGGUAUUCCUGUCAUCACAGCUCCUCAGUUGAUUUCAAUUAUGCAAGAAGAUGGAACUGUGAUCGAACCUGUUAUGCCAUUUUUUCUCAGCCAGUCCCCAAUGUUUACUGUCCUGAAUGGAAGCAAUGAAAAUGGGGAAACCAUAAUACUGCAGAUUGAAAACCAAGAAGAGGAAGACGCGAAAGUGAAGGUUGAAGUGGUUGAGCCACUUGAAGAGUCACAAACAACAGCUGGAGAAACGGAUGGCAAUGAAAAAAUCUCGGAAGGAGUUGUGACAGCGGUAUCAAGCUGGGAACAUUGUGAGCCAAAGCAGAAUAACAUGGAGAAUGUCUACGUCUGUGAGAUAUGCGAAAAGAGUUAUUGUUGUGUCAAUUGUCUCAAAUCGCACUAUGAGGCGAUGCAUAUUGCCAAAACACAGGGUACAAGAUACAAGUGCAAGUUUACCUCUAUGCAGAAGAGCCUGUACUGUCCUGUAUGUGAAGUGUGCUUCGAAAAUAGCAAAGAUACUCUGGAUCAUUACCUUACACACUCUGUAGCCUGUGAUGUAUGUGGCUCAGGUUUUGACAGACAGAAGCUGCUUGUAGAGCAUAUGAUCAUGGUUCACAAUAAAGUUAACUGUUACGAGUCGUACGAAUGUGAAUUUUGUAAGGCUAUCUAUCAGUAUCAUUGGAAUCUUACCAAACAUUAUCAAGUUUAUCACAAAAUGAUCCUGUGUUACAUUUGCAAGAGCCGGUUUCCUACUGUGACGGACCUACAGGAACACCAAAGAACUCACGUGCAAAAAAUAAACAUUUUGCCAUACGCGUGUAGCAAGUGCAACAAGGCUUUUCCGCAAAUCUCGGACAUUGCGGUUCACAUACGGCGGGAACAUAGUUCUAGGAAAAGUUCGCUUAACUCUGAUAAUUAUAUAGGCCACACUGCUAGUGGUGGGAAAAGUAAAACAACAGUCGAUAGUAUGAUAAAGAAAAAAAGAAUCAAAGUGAAAUAGUUGUGCAGAGUUUGAUUAGUUUUUGAUACGAUAAGAUGUUUUUGGAAUGUUGCUAGAUCCUUGAUAACCACAACCGUCUGAACACUAGACUAAAGCAUUUAAAAUGUAAUUUUAACUCAUUCGCAAAAUCGAUUAGAAAGGCAAAUCGCCAUUUUAACCGACAACCGCUAAAGAGGGAUCUUGUAAUGCUACGUUCUGAAGGAGCGUGAGCUGAUGACUCACCAAUUUGAAUUCUUGGUAGGUGGAGCAAUAUGUUGAAGUGACCUGAACAAGAGUAUUUUCAGCUAUGGUAUAGAACAGUCUGUUCAACCGCGCGGUAUUCAAUACGGGUUAGAAAAACCCAAUAUUUACUUUGUAGGCAAUUCGGAGUCGACCUGUUUUUUACUAAAGAAGGAUAACAUUAGACGGGGGUGUUUCCAGCAUACGUGAUAUACGUUAUUUCUCCUGAUACAGUUAACUUUUAUAAGAAUCACUUAUUUCUCGCUCCUAGGUAUUAUUUUUGUAGUUCAUUCCUUUAAUUUGUACCUGUUAAUUUUAGUUAGUCUCUUCAUACGGUGGCAUCGGCCCUGAGUACACUUGACGAGGUUUUUAUCAAUAUUUGGUCCGCUUUCAACAAUAUCAUCUACAUACUUAAAACAGCAUGAGCACACAAGAUUUUUUCCUGCAAAAUGUAUGCAAUAGGACGAUAAUAGCAGAGCCUGUCUCAGCAAACAUUUAAGACAAUUCUAGUCAAUUAAAAACGCUGUUUUAGAGAAAAUUCUAUUUUUAGCUGAGUGCAUUCAGUAAACUUGCUCUCAGUCUGAUGGCUAAUUAAAUUUGACAUCAGUACACAGUAACAAAUCAAGAAUGAUAUCAAAUCGACACAGAGCACUGUCGUUUCCCGAAUUGGUCCAAUGAUGUAAUUUGCGAACAUUUCCAACCACUCAAUUGUGAGAGCAUUGCGGGUGUUGUUAGGCUGGAAUCUUUUUCAGAGAAUUAUUGAAUUCUAUGUUCCCAGACGAAUAUAGUAAAUAACAAGCAAGUAAUCAUCUAUGAGAUUUUUACAUUUAAAGACUUAUUUGGAGUUUGAAGUAGAUAAAAGGUGAUUUCAUGUUGCCAUAUUAAUUACAUUGAAGAUUUAUACAAAAACAAGAUCGUUAUCAUCCAGUACUUUACAUUUAUAAUACAGAUUGUGUUCUUAGUAUCAAAUAAAAUAUGAUGACUGAUACUAGGUCACUUUUAAUAAAAAAUGUGUGGUCUUAUUAUUUAAUUACAAUGACAAUGUUGCUAGAAAACAGUGAAUUUAUAAAAGUGUUCCAUAUAAAAAGCUCCUGAUCAAAUUAGUUCAAAUCUGUCCCCAAUGGAGGUUCAUCUAUUAUUUACCACGAUAAUUCGAGACGUUCUGACGUCUAUUUGAGCAUCCAGUGUGUUAAUUUUGUGCUAUUGCGGAUAAUGUAUCUAUUGAUGUUUAUUGGCUAUCAGCACCAAAAACAUAUUUGUUAAAAUUUAUGUAAUUUUUUAGUGACUUCAAAUGGAUGAUCAUUGGUUCGUACUCAUUUUAUAUAGAAAUUUACUAAAUUCAUACAAAACUCACGUAAAAGUUAUAUUAUCGUAUCUUAUCUCUGUAAGAAGUAUACGAAGUACGGCUCUAUCACUUGACCAUAUUGGUUAUUUUGAAUGCUCAGCUCGUUUUCUCGUGUUGAAGUAUCGUGAUAGAUAGUGAAGGUACACACAUGCUCAAAAUCUAGGGAUAUUAGAGAUACUCAAUAAUUUAUUAUGUAGUUUAAACUAUGUUGGGCAGUGUAACACCAUAUUAUUAAUGUAAACAGAAUAGGACACACCGUUCCGCAUACUUUCACCAUAAAAAAGAUAAAAAAAAGAUUCAAGUUAAAGGUAAACAAAAUUAUCAUAAUAUACUAUACAAUAAGAAGCGAUAUCGAGUAUGUACAGUAUCUGAUCAAUUGUUGUUCUGCAAACGUGCUUUUAGUGUUUUUUUUUAAACAUGCCUAGACGCCAUUUAAGUGAAAAUGAGAUGUUGAGAGCUGUGGGAAUGCUUGAAGCUGGCAUGCUUCAAGUUGAUGUCGCAAAUGCUAUGGGUACUACUCAGAGCAUCAUCUCGCCCCUCUGGAAUCGUUAUCGUGAGACUGGAAGCACACGAGAACGGAAUUUGGGUCGCCCAAGGAUGACAACUCCUCGUAUGGACCGAUAUGUUCAAUUUCAAGCUCGAAGAAAUGACUAUAACUGCUCCUCAAUUAAUUAACCAUCUGCGCAAUGCUCAGCAUGUGAGUGUUUCAAGACAUCUAUAGAAGGUUGAGAGUCAGCAGAAGGCCUUGGAGAUGCCAACCUCUAACCCGGCUAGCGUGGGCCCAAGAACAUGUCAUUUGGGACCAAAAUCAAUGGGAUAAUGUCUUGUUUUCCGAUGAAUCACGGUUUGGUUUGUAUCAGAUUCUCGAAGGGUACGUGUUUGGAGAGCACCUGGCACAUGAUCUCGAAUCCAACAUAUCCAGGAGGUUCACAGUUACAGAGGAGGCACAAUAAUGGUGUGAGCAGGAAUUUGUCUUCAUGGUAGAACUGAGCUCGUUUUGCUGGACCGUUCUUUAUCGGCCAACGAUUAUGUUAGGAAUGUUCUAGAACCUGUUGUUAUUCCAUACAGAGAUACCGACGGUCCAGAUUUUAUAUUGAUGCAUGAUAAUGCUACUCCAUAUACAGCAAGAGUGACAACAAAUUUCCUGGAACACCGACAUAUCCACAUUUUAGACUGUCCCGGUCAAUCUCCCGAUUUGAACCCCAUAAGCAUUCCUGGGAUAUGUUUCGAAGAAGAAUUCUUAGGGACCAUAAUUAAUUUCAGAACCGAAAUCAGUUGUUUCAAGCUCUUCAACAGUGCUGGGCUGCAAUUCCAUAAGAACAUUUGGACAACUUGGUACCGAGUAUGAAAAGGCGUUGUAGAGCAACCAUAAAUACACAUUCCAUAUUAAACACUUCUUUGUUUUUUUUUUCUAAUACAUUUUGAAUAAUUAGAACUUCUUUCAUUGAAAUCACUUAAGUUGCUGGUGUAUCAGGUUAUUUUACUUAUUACUUAUCUUACUUACUCCACUGUUAUAAUGAAAUUUAAAAUAAAAAUAAUUAUAAUAUAUAGCAAUACUUAUUAUAUCCUUACAUUUUGAGCAUGUGUGUAUAUACGACUUGUUCUACUUUAAUGCUCUACUGUAAUGGACAAAUCAGAAAUUUGAAGUGUACUAUAAUAAAGCAGGGGUUGAAUA